AUGACAUAUUGCAAAGCUGGUCCAGUACCAUUCCCAAUUGGACCAAUAGGUGUAGGUCCGAUUGGACCCAUUGUAUUGCCGCCCAACUUCGCUGAACAAAUCCAAUGCUAUAUUCAAUGCACUGAGAAUGGAUAUCAAAAUGGUGGUUGUCUUGGUACAGAGAAUGCAUGUAAUAACCAGUGCUAUUGUAUUGGUGGUACUCAAGAACAAUAUUGUCGUGCAUGUCCAAAUGAGAUCGUAAACGCCGAUGAUUGA